AUGUCUGCUGUUCCCACCACUUCAUCCAAGGGCCGCGUCCUUCUCGCCUACUCAGGCGGACUCGACACUUCCUGCAUCCUCGCCUGGUUAAUCGAGCAGGGCUACGAAGUCAUGUGCUACAUGGCUAACGUCGGACAGGAAGAGGACUUUGACGCUGCCGUCGUCAAGGCCAAGGGUUGCGGAGCCACCAAGAUCUUUGUCGAGGACUUGCAACGCGAAUUCGUCGAGGAGUUGAUCUACCCCGCUGUCCAGGCCAACACCAUCUACGAAGGAGUCUACCUCCUCGGUACCUCCCUUGCCCGCCCCGUCAUUGCUCGUCGCCAGAUGGAGAUUGCAGCUCGUGAGAACUGCCAGUAUGUGUCGCAUGGAUGCACUGGAAAGGGUAACGACCAGGUCCGCUUCGAGCUUGCCUACUAUGCUCUCAAGCCAGACAUCAAGGUCAUCGCUCCUUGGCGUGUUCCAGCGUUCUACGAGCGCUUCCAGGGUCGCAAGGACUUGCUUGCCUAUGCCGCUGAAAAGAACAUCCCCGUCGUCCAGACCGCCGCCAAGCCUUGGUCGACCGAUGAGAACCUCUUCCACAUCUCCUACGAGGCUGGUAUCCUUGAGGACCCCGAUGUCACCCCUCCCAAGGACAUGUGGAAGCUCACCGUCGACCCCGAGGAUGCCCCCAACACUCCCGAGCGCAUCACCAUCGAGUUUGCCGAGGGCAAGCCCACAAAGGUCAUCAACACCACCAACGGCAACAAGGAGGUCACCGGAGGACUCGAGAUCUUCCUCUACUUGAACCAGCUGGCCCGCCAGAACGGAAUCGGUCGUUUGGACAUUGUCGAGAACCGUUUCAUCGGUAUCAAGUCCCGCGGGUGCUACGAGACCCCCGCCGGCACGAUCUUGCGUGUCGCCCACAUGGAUCUUGAGGGUCUGACGCUGGAUCGUCAGGUCCGCAACUUGCGCGACCAGUUUGUGACCCCCCAGUACUCCAACGUCCUCUACAACGGCCAGUACUUUUCGCCCGAGGCCGAUUUCUUGUUGGCGUCAAUUGCUGCUUCGCAGAAGACUGUCAACGGUGAGGUCCGUCUGAAGUUGUACAAGGGCAAUGUGAUCGUCGAGGGUCGCUCGUCCAAGACCAACAACCUGUACGAUAUGGAGGAGUCGUCGAUGGAUGUUCAUGGAGGAUUCUCUCCCAUUGACUCUGAGGGCUUUAUCAAGAUUCAGUCGAUCCGCCUCAAGAAGUGGGGCCUCAGCCAGAAGCUUGUCUAA